AUGGCGCCUCCACCGCCGACGUCUUCGGGCAUCUCGUUUCGCUCCGCGGACAGGCCGCUCGAUAACUACCAGUUCACCUUUGAGUCGUAUUUGGACGACUCGUCAAGAAUUGAACCGGAUGUAUCAUACCACUUCCCGAAUGACGCUCCGGAGAAUGACCGUGUAGAGGAACAAUACGCCAUCAUAGAGAUGGUCCUAGACGGCAGGCUACAUCUUGCCCCUUUCUCUCGCGCCAAUCCUCCGCGCAGGGUGCUGGAUAUUGCCACCGGCACCGGUACGUGGGCCAUCGAGAUGGGGGACCAGUACCCCGAGGCCGAGAUCAUUGGAACCGACCUGUCGCCCAUCCAGCCCACCUUCGUUCCCCCCAAUGUGCGCUUCUUUAUAGAAGACUCAUCCGAUGACUGGGACUACCCGAACUUGUUCGACUUCAUCCACACCCGCCUGACCACCGGCUGCUGGUCCGACAUGAAGACGCAAAUCAUCCAGCGUGCCUUCGACCAUCUCCAACCCGGCGGCUGGCUCGAGUGUCAAGAGAUCCCUUCUAUGGUCUACUGCGAUGACGACACACUACCGGACGACUGGGGUUGGCUACGGUGGACCAGGGAGUUCCAAGUCGCCGGUCGGCUCGCCAACCGAGAUCUCAAUGCCGGCCCUGACAUCAAGGACUGGAUGUGCGAGGUCGGCUUCGUCGACGUUCACGAGGCCGUCUUCAAGAUUCCCAUCAACGGCUGGCCCAGGGAGGCGCGCCUCAAGCAGCUCGGCAUGAUGUGGCAGCGGAACCUGCUCGAAGGGUUGAGCGCCUUCAGCCUGGGCAUGUUCUGCCGGUUCAUGGGCAAGACGGUCGAAGAGAUCGAGCUCUCCCUGGUAGACGUACGGAAAAGCUUGUUCGACCGCGACGUGCACGCAUACCAUAAGUUGUACGUGGUCUGGGGCCGGAAGCCGGAAGCCGCUUAG